CAAAAUGGUUGUUAAAUAUUUGAUAUUAAUAUAUUUUUUUGGAUCGGUUUAUGCCGUAAAUAAAACUAAAGUGAUUAAUUCCGGUGGUCCCUUGGGUUGUGAUUUCAAAUCGAAUAACUUUUGCGAGUGGAGCAAUGAUGAAACAGCGUCGGACGAUUGGUCUAUAACUCCAGAUUAUGAAGUUGAAGGAAAUAACUACUACAUGCGUUGGGAUCCAUCGUUGCUGCAAGAGGGUACGGCUCGUUUGAUUUCCCCAGUUUACAUCCGUGAUUUGGAUGGAUAUGGUUGUUUCACUUUCUACUACAAAAUCGAGACACAAAGCAGAUCCAACGGACUCAGGGUCUACCAAAAGCCGGAUAAUAUAACUCUGGAAGAUUUUCUUGCGUACAGCGACGACGCGAAGCAGGAUUACAUUCUUUUUGAAGAUUGUCUUGAGUGGAAGGAAUGGCGUUACAAAGUGUUGCCACUGAAGCGGUUUGACAAAAACUUUCAGAUCAUCAUAGAAGGCCUCGUGUAUAACAAAGACGAAGUGCGGGAGGUCGGUGUGGAUGACAUCGCCAUCCUUCUGGGCAGUAAAUGCGAAAAAAGAGCUAUAGAUUGCCAGUGCGCCGCCGAGUUCAAGUGCGUUGUACGCAAAUAGUGAAACAGAAAAGAAAAAGGAGCAAGAAGAUACAUUACAAUGAAACACUUCAAAUUGUAUUGAAAUGUAAUGUUAUAUUAUAUUAAUUGCCAUG